UUGUCCCUGAAUGCAUCGAUUAAGAUCAGUCCCGCCACAGCCAUGCUCCACAUCAGACUCAUCAGCACACUGUUUGUACUUUCAGAGACAACAAUCACCUGUGCUGAGCGAAACUAUGUCCAUCGCCUCAGCUGCGACAUUGGAGUGAUCCGGGUGCAGACGGCGCUGUACGGACGCAGGAACAGAGAGAUGUGCAGUGAGGGCAAACCUCCGCGACAGCUGGCCAACAUCCGGUGCUCCGCCAAGGAUACUCUGCAACGUGUCAAGAGCAGAUGCGAUAACAGGAAGGUGUGUGAGAUAAACCAAAAGGAUAUUGGUAAAUCAGACCCCUGCCGAGGGAUCUACAAAUACGUGGAGACCACCUACACCUGCCUACCAGCAAUUCAUGUCAUUGCAUGUGAGCACUCUAUGGCAUUUUUAUAUUGUGAUGUGGGCCAGGUUAUACAUAUCUAUGGAGCACGCUUUGGACGUGGCGAUAAGGCCAUAUGUGCUUAUAGACGACCUGCCCGUUUAACUAAAAAUGUGUGGUGUUCAAACCCCUCGAACAAAGUAGCAGCGAGAUGUAACGGUAAACAAAAAUGUUCUAUCAAAGCCAGCAAGUCAUCGUUUGGAGAUCCCUGCCGUGGCACAUACAAAUACCUGGAGGUGGCUUAUGUUUGUCUGUAUCGUUAA